AUGGUAGAAACCCGAACUUCUCAACAUACCGGUCACCAAACCAGAAGCCGCUCAUCAGAAACCAACCGAGCCACCGGCCUUACCCAAUCAUCCACCCAAGCUGGCCUAGGCCCACGUGGGGCGCAAGGUGUUGGAGCUCGUCGACAAGGUCGACCUAGUCGAGGGGGUCAAGCCGGUCGAGGCGGUCAAGCUGGUCGAGGUGGUCAACCUGGUGGAGCGAGUCCGGCAGGUCGAGGAGGUGGAGCUAGUCAUGGAGGUCGAGCUGGUCGCGGAGGUCGAGCUGGUCGUGGAGGCCGAGCCAGUCGUGGAGGACGAGGUGCCAGUCCUGGACGCGGAGGCUCCAGAAGGGCCAGUGCCUUUGGCAGUGCUGCCCAGCAGGGGUGGGCAGGCAAUUCUGACAGCGGGUCUGACUCCGAAAGUGCAGGAAAAAACCUACGAGAGGAUACUCCAUGGGAUAAUGGCCGUGAAGAGAAUGCAAGCCCUUCAAGUAACGGUUCUGACCCUUGUGAUGAACUGACCCUGGAGAAUUAUGAAAGCCGCCUUGACCUCUGGACCGAAAGGCAACUACGAGAAGUCCUGGGACGACAAACGGGCCAAAGCAAUUGCAUCCCUGCUGAAAUCCAAGAGGCCCUGCAAUACCACAAAAUGAACUACAACAAAAUCAAGCUGAUGUUAGCCUUGAUCGGUAAUGUCUCAGUCCAAACGGUCAACUCAUUUCAGGGGGAAGAUCGUCCAUCACGCCAAAAAAGCAAUUGGAAUCGAUUUGUUGCCUUCAGCAAAGAGAGUGCGGAAACCCCUAUGCCACCUAAGGGCUCGGCUCAUGGAUGGGAUGAACGGAAUGGCCACCUUGGUGCAGUGUGGCAGGCGAUGCCACCUGAAGACCAAUUGGUUUUUGACGCGAGGAUUUUCCGACAUUUUUCUAAAAUACCGAUUCCGUACGACGGAGAAGACGAAGAAGAAGAUGAGCCAAACAAUAACUCACCUACCCAAAUUCUGUCACCUGAAGAAGAGGCGUAUUUUGAAACAACAUAUAACGAACUCGUGAAUCACGAAAAGGUAGCCAUGGUCCUCCAACGGGCGAUUGAAGAUGGUGAUAGAUCUGAAAUAGAAAACCAAGUGUCACGCCACAUCACUCGCAUCAAUUCAGAGGUCAGCCAUAUUCCUGUCCAACUCCACAUUAACAUAUGGCUAAUGAAGAACAGUGAAAAACAGCUUUAUACUGUAUCGACAGCCUACAACUUGACCUACUACCUCCUCACUGCCACACGAUUCCCUGGGGCAGGCAGUUUUUGCCGGGAGCUAUCGAACGAUCCUACUUGGCUUCAAGUGGUGAGGGAUCAAUGGACCGCCAAGGCAGUUUUCGAAGCUUACAGCCAAGGAAGACAAAUUCAACAAGUUGUUGAAGACCUCACUGGCACAGGGGAUGAAGAAUCUUCUGUUGGAAAACCAUCGGACAUCGUACGGACCAAUUUACGGCACAAACUGAACCAAUUACUUGGUGAAGCUCUUGGGGUCGAUAAUGUUGUCUUUCCAAAACAAAAAGACCCGGUGGGCAGGUUAGCUCGAAGGUAUCCAUACCUGACUGUUGUUCAGACCGAAGAAGCUACCCUCAGCAGACAAGAAUUAGAUAUGGGAGCUGAUCAUAUCAUCACCAGCAUCCGACGCAAAUGGCUAUCAGAUAUUGAGACUGGCGCUUUCCAGAUUGUUCAUGUUUAA